UAUUACUGUGAUAAGUGCAUAAUUGUGACACAAAUUAGUAAAAGUGCAAUAUACGCUGUGCAUUCAUUUAGUUUUUUUUUAUUAUUGGUCAUUAAAAACCGGUAACGGAAUUAUCAUAACAAAUCGACCAGUUUGCUAAAUUCUGCGCUAUACGACGAAACCUGUUGAAAAGUACGAUGUGCCAUUGAGAGUCGCAAACGGAACCGGAAACAAGCGCCAUGCUUGCCGUACUGCCGCGCUGGAUAGCGCGGCUCCAAGAUGGCGGUCUCCUGAAUCAGCUGCUUAUGGCUGUGAUGGUGACCAUCCCAGUCCUCAACUUCGGCAUGCUAAUGGGCUGGCAGUCGCCCAUGACGCCGCUUCUCCAGUCAGCUGACGGCCCGGCGCCGGAACCGAUAUCGGACGACACCAUAUCGUGGAUGGCGUCCGUCACGUUCCUACCUCCAGUGUUCUGUGGAUGCCUGGUGGGGGAUCUGGCGGAUAGAUGGGGGAGAAAGGCUACUACUAUGAUGACGUCACUCAUGCUUGUGAUCAGCUGGGCCAUAACUAUGUUCUCUCUGGCCCCAUGGGCGCUUAUAACGUCGCGCGCCGUCGCCGGCCUGGCUUGUGCCGGAUGCUAUGUGGUCACCCCACUAUACCUGAAAGAGAUCGCAUCAGACAAUGUGCGCGGCGCUCUCGGCUCCCUCUUCAUCCUGUCCCAGAACCUGGGUUACCUGGUGGUCUACGUGGCCGGAGACGUCCUGUCCUUCGCUAGCGUGCUGUGGCUGUGUACAGCGGUGCCGGUGUUGCACCUUGUGGCGUUCCUGGCGAUGCCCGAGACGCCUGUGUUCCUGGUGAAACAGGGGAAGAUACAGGAGGCACGCGAGGCUCUAGCGUGGCUGCGUAACACCAGCACAGACAACAAGGACCUGGAAGAAGUCAUCCAACAGCUGGACAGGGAGGAACAGCUGACCAGGUCCAUGCAGAAGGCCACCUGGAUGAGCAUAGUGCGCGACAAAACGACCUUCAAAGCAUUUCGAAUAUCUCUCAACGUGAUGCUGUCCCAAGAGACCUGCGGUUACCUGGUGGUCCUCAUGUACGCGGGAUCCAUCUUUGAGCAGGCUUCGGAGUCCAUCAGCUUGAAGCUCAGCCCUAAUAAGCAGACCAUUGUGGUGGGGGGCAUACAGCUGCUUGGAUCUAUAGUGGCUAGCUGCAUCGUUGAGAAAACUGGACGAAAGUGGCUCCUCGCCGGUACCUCGUUCGCAACCGGCGUCUCCAUGCUGGCUCUGGGCGCCUGGUUCUACAUCACCAGCGUCGGUUUCUGGUUGCCCGGCUGGUUGCCAGUACUAGCCAUGUGUCUAUGCAUCUUUGCUGAUGCAGCAGGCUACCAACCCGUGCCUUAUGUCAUCACUUCAGAGUUGUUCUCGUUCCAACACCGAGGCAUGGUAACCUCCUUCGUAAGCAGCGUUGACGCCCUCAGCGACUUCCUCCAAACGAAGGCCUACGACCCCCUCCUAAAACUCCUCGGCAUCCACUGGGUCUUCGUCAUGUUCUCAAUAGUCUGCUUCCUUGGCACACUGUACACAGUAUUAUGGGUCCCUGAGACUAAGGACCGCAGCGUAGAGGAGAUCUACGCCAUUCUAGAGGAUUCUAGAAAGAAGGAGAAGAGGAAAGAUGUGGAGACGGGGAAGGAGGUGUGUCGGUUAUGAUUUUUGAGUAGGUUGAGGUAGUGUGGUUUUCUGAGGCUGUAAAUUUUUAUUUGAGCU